ACGUCACGACGCUGUUUAUCACUGAUCUCGUGUCGUGACGGGUAACGGAGGAUAUCUUGAGGAGAUGAUACUGAAGUGGAACUACGUUAGUGCGACAGUUGGGUGGCUGCUGGCAAGGCGGCAGGCUGAAGCCUUCUCGGUUGUCGGCUUUCAAAAACCGCAGGCCACAGCCUGCCGCACCCGUGCCCUCGCUUCCUCUGUACCAGCUUCAUCGCCGACACAAAGGAUCCUCGAUGCAGCAGCUUUGAGAGGGCCAUCGCGCGGCUUGCUGCCGAUGCAUAUGUUGGCAGGUGGAGAUGCUGUGCAGUCGUCUGUUGGGACGAAGAGCGAGGAGCACUCUGUUCUCGAUGCCCUCAUCGACCAGUUCACAUCUCCGAAGAGCGGCAACGUGACAGCUACGGUCGAGGAGUAUCUGGACCUGUGUGAUCAUGCCUUGUUGACGCAUCUCCGUGGGAGAAUCGAAGCCGAGGAAGCGCAGUCCCCAGAGGCCACUGCGCUGAAACACGUGGAGGAGGAGAUCAAUAUGGCCAUGCAAAGAAGACUUGCGGCUGCCGACUCGAACCUGCGACAAGUCCUGGAUCUGGCCCCUGACAUCAAGAAGAUGGAGGGCAGAAUCCGAACACUAUUUCGGGAGGGAAAGGUCAACAUGGCCUUCAUGGUCAUGAUCAGCAUGAACUUGCAACGGGCCAAGGAUGCCGAGGGAGCGGAUCACGCCGUUAUGCUUUUGACACAUCUGACGACUUUCAUCAUGAUGAUACAAGAUGAGCGGUUGAACCCAGAGGAGAAGCUGCUGCGGACACUGCUGCGGACAGACUGUGAUGGCGUCAGGAAGUCCAUUCUCCAGGAUCGAUUACAACUGCCCAACAACGACGUGUUUUUGGAGCGCCCUCCAGACAAGGACAAGGUGCAACCCCAUCUUCUCCAACAGGCCAUCACUGACAUGAUCACCCAAGUGGAAGACAUCGGGCAGGCUAUCGACGUGGGCAUGACAGAUUCACUGAAGGGUCUGCAGGUUGAAGUGAACACCGUGGUGGCGGGAAGCAAAAGGCCGGGGCCAUACAAGCAGUGAUAUACGCAACGUGGACGCAACUUUGGAAUUUUGGGUGGUGUAGAGCUAUACAACAGUAAGUAGGAGAAGAGCCGAGGUGGCCAAAUUUUGAGAACGCUUAAAAGUCGUGUGCUGUCCGUUCCGCUGCCCGGUACCCGGUGCUCGUGGGGAAGAGAAGCACGGAGUUGUACUGGAUGCACAUCGCAAACUUGUUCAUGGACAGCACCCCCUUGGUCCUCAUCAAUGAGACGGUGUGCACUUACAUGAACGAACCCGUGUGUCUUGCGUUGGGCACAGUCGGAUUUCCGCCAACCCUUCCUUGAUGGUUCAUCAUGCAGAAAUUAGCGCACGAAAGGGUGGCCGAUAGGAAAAGUGCGGGCACAUGCAGUCUUUCGCGCUCCUGUACUGCUUGCAACGCACGGCGGAAUCCACACCACACGCACCUUUUUCGUUUUCGAGGAAACAGAGUGUAACCUACUCUUACGAGAAAAAACUGUCGUAUCCGAUCGGCAAGCUCCCAUACAGCUUGAUACGCACGGCGGAAUAACACCACACGCACCUUUUUCGUUUUCGAGGAGACAGGAGUAAGUGUAAGCUACUUCUACGAGACAAAAACUGUCGUAUCCGAUCGGCCAGCUCGCAUACAGCUUGAUAAGCACGGCGGAAUCCACACCACACGCACCUUUUCCAGGAGGAAGGCUACUCACGAGAAAAAAAAUCAGUCCUAUCCGACGGGCACGUUCGCUAGGCCGACCGUUCGCGGACAGCGAAGGCAACCGAGGCCAUUAAACGUUCAAUCCUCUACCGACUGCAAGCAACUUCAAGGCGAAUUCUCGCACCCACCUUGUGUACGAGCAGCGGCACAAAUCACGUGCGAAAGGGCCUCCGUUCGA